AUGGAUCAAAUUCAGCAAAUCGCCCAAACGUACAAGGUGGCCGAUAUACGCUCCAGGAAAUCCCUCUGGUAUCGGCUACAUGUAUAUAUUUACGACCUUCGCAACUUUAAGACCGAUAGUGCUGCAAUGAAUCGACUCGAUAGCAUCGUGGAUAUCACCUACCUAGGCAAACCGUAUUUCAACGAAAAGGAGGUCGAAAUCCUUAAAAAUACUGUCUCUAAUAGUAGCGGGAGUGAGACGCUUGCUCAGAAAACUGAAUAUACCCUAGAUGAACGAUUAAAUCGCCGUAUUAAAAAGCGUGUGGAGAGUAGCGACUUUAGGGUCUGCGCCGCUCAUGAUCUAGCACCUAUAUUCGAAACUGUUUUUGAUAUCCACCCGAAGAAGCUGGCUAAGAGCUCUGUGCUUCUAUCGUUGAUUAGUUCAAGAGGGCUAAGGCUUCAAGAUGCGGAUGAUAUUUCAUGUAUUCUGGGGCAAACUAAGCUACAAGCUCUUGCAGCGAAACAUGGAACAGGCAGCAAGAAGAAGAGGGGCAGGUAG